AUGUCCACCGAAGCAGUCGGGCCAGCCGAAUACGCCUUGAUACAAGAGUUGUUCAUCAACCCCAAGAUCUAUAUGCCUACGCACCCGAAGCACCUCGCCAAGCGCCUGCAAGAAUCGAGGUUUGUCGAAUGUACCAAUAAUCUCGACGAUACGCCUGAUAUCCAGUCCUUUUCAAUUCCAGAGCCUGUCUUCCCUUCCGAAAUCAAUUUCCAAGACGAGGAAGCUGACAAUGUCCUCGCAAAGUCCAUCAAAGUAUUUCCUCCGGGAGACAUACUCAAGCUUUCCAUAGAGGCCACCAUACCCCACAUACGAUUCUCGCACGCAGUCUCGAAGCUGGAGCUGCCGUCCCUAAGAAGUGACCCGAGACACGACCUCAAAGCUCUCGGUCGAGCAAUAGGCGAAGCCGAGUGUCUGGACUUUUUCCGUAAGCCUAACACAUUACCUCGCGAGCCUGUCGAUGAUGCGAAGGAUGAAGGUCUCGGUCUUCCGCUCUCUGCGGCACACUUUCACGAUCUGCUUGCGAGGGGACCCGAGCUCGAUGAGCUUGACUAUACCGAGGAAGACCUGGCAUACGUUGCAGAGUCAACGUACGUUGGUUGGUCGAAGAGAGACUUUGACCAAUUGAUCGAACUGGAGAUGGCUCCAACUAUGGACAGAGUCAAAACCAUGACUCCACCACUAAUCGCAAUACCCUUCGACGAUACCGAGGAUGCAGAGCUGUUUAUACCGGACGCCGAUGUCUGCGAGAUUCCUCAGUUUUCAGAUCCGGCCAGCCUUCUCGAGGAAGAUCUUGAGAAAUCCUUACGCAACCUAGCCGAGACCUAUGAUGACUUCGAGCACCUCGAUAUCUCAACGCCGGACAUUCUCGGCAUUACCUCAGACACCCCCAGCUUCGACAUCUCCACUCCUCAACGAAAAGGCACAGCACCACCCAUGGAGGUUCCGAUUCUGCCUAUGUCCGACGACUCUGCGUCCAGCAACGAAGAUGAAGACGUUUUUCGGGCAAUCCUACACGGCACUGCAGAAUUCAACUCUAUUAGCCUUCCAGGGGCUUCAAUUUCAAGCCCUUGCUCGGAAGAAGAGUCCAGAUUCAACGAGCAAUUCAACCUCUUCUUAACAGAGAAAGCAAACGCCAUGGCACAGAAGCUUGAACAAGAGCAGGUCGAGGUCAUUGAUGCCACUGCCAGAAUGCAGCCUCCAAUCCUCGAUUUUAGCGCACCUAAACCAGAUUGGGAAGGAGCUGUCCAAGGCCCAGAAGAGAUGUUUCUUUGGGUCCGCUGCCGGGAAUCUGAGCAAUUCACAUCACCGCCGUGGCCACGCAAUCGGCAAGAACAGAAGGAGCUGCGAUGGAUCCCUUUCCCAUCUUCCCUGGGUCUGGUGGAAGUCGGGGAGUCCGUGGGAGAUGGUAAAGUGUUGCAACGUCUCCUCGAUGGGCGACGAUCUACGACACUACCGACGAGCGCCGAUUACGUUCGGCAAACACACACGCUCAAGGCGAUACUUCCCGACGGCGACGACGAAGAGAUCGCGAUGCCUUAUGAUGAACACCAAGCUCAGAGUAGCUCACCUCCCUGUGGAGAGGACUUCAUGCUGCUUAUUCGAAAACGCAAACAAGAACAAGCUGUCAAAGAUGAUCACGUGGGCCAGGAGUCGCCGACUGUGGGCGUCAAGCACCGUCGCACAACAACACAGUCGAAGCCAAUAAACAAUUUACGACAAGGGUUGCUCCUCGGCGAAAAUGAGAGCAAUGCUGCGGGAAAGCUGCUCGCGAACUACAUGGACCUACGGGGUGCGAAACGAGUCACAAGCCCAUUCGAGCCGUUAUUCCCAAUUACAAAGCGCCGGGCCGCUCAAGCUCCGUCGCCGGUCGUCGGACAGGUAUCAUCAAAGCCGAAUACACAGAAGGCCCCCAUCGAUGCUCCAGUCCCAACCAUUGAGCACACAAACAGCCACUCGCGCAUCAUAAUCUCUACCGCCAUCCCGCGGGGAAUUAUAUCGGCCCUCCAAGCUAACCUACCAGGCAUCGAUCUCGUAGACCGUGACUUCUCACGACACAACAAACGCGUAUGGUCCCCCGGAAGCGUAAAGACCGUAGAAAAGCCAUCCCCGCUAUCCUACGAAGCCGACAUCAUCCCUUCCCCAACAUCAGGAGUCAUCAUCACAACAAACCUCAAAGUCCGACAGAAGCCCCUCCCAGGAUCCCACACGCAGCUCUCACAACUCCGCGACCGCGUAGCAAGAGUCGCACCGCUCUACGAACAACUGAGUAUCCUCGUGUCAGAAGACAAUCCCAUCGCAGAGCACAUCGGACCGCUCAGCGCAGCCGACGCCGCAUCGUACGCCUGCUUUGUCGCUUUCGCAUGCUCUCUCAGCAACAGCAGCGGCUGCACCAUCGACGUAGUCUACGUGGCCGGCGGCCAAAAGACACUAGCCCACUGGACGUGCGCCGUCGUGUCGACACACCUCAAAAAGGCAUCCCACGACGUGCAGCAAGUCAUCAUGUCGGAAGAGACGGAAUGGGAAGUCUUUCUCCGACGCGCCGGCUUCAACAUGUACGCGGCCCAGGUCGCUCUCGCAGUCGUCAAGGGGAAUUCUCCAGUUGUAAACGUCGACAGCGACAGCAACGGCAACAAUACCCAAGACCAGACGCUCGUGCGGUUCCUGAAAAUGAGCCCCUCGGAGAGAGCGAAGGCGCUCAAGGGCUUUCUUGGUGGUGGAAGUCUGGUGGACAGAGUCAAUGCGCGUCUGGGCUGA